UGGGAGGGGGUUGGUCAGCUGUUUCCUCAAUGUGUCUGUGUGUGUGUGUGUGUGUGUGUGUGUGUGUGUGUGUGUGUGUGUGUGUGUCCGGGCAGUGUGGGAAUCUGUGUGAGAAAAAGUUGCAGACAAAGCUCAGUCUAGCUUCAGAGUGUGUGUGUCAGCCGGCGAGGACACACACACACAUACCCACACACAGCGUUGCAGCAUCCACGGGACAGGACAUGUAGUCUGGAGUUUAACUGCAGCGGGAGGACUUGUUAUUAGUUAGUUUUUUAGUUUUGUGUUUAGUUUUGGGAAGAAGGUCUUCAGGUUACUGAUCCUGGCUGGAGAAAGUCUGAGCAGAGAGAGCAUGCAGCCUCCGUCAGGAAGCCACAGCCAUGACAACUGUGUUCAGACCCAACUGUGCGCCCAGCUGGAGUUCGUCCAGAUCCUGGUGAUCGUGGUGGUGAUGAUGGUGAUGGUGGUGGUCAUCACCUGUCUGCUGAACCACUACCGCCUAUCUGCACGCUCCCUCCUCUCCAGACACGCCCCUGCACGCAGGAGACACCUGCCAUUGGCCAACGAGGCAGGUCUGUGGUCUUCUGAGGCGACAGGGACAACCAGUGGUCUUAACGAGCACCAGGUGUAUAACCCACGGCCUCCAGACCGAGGGGUCCCCUCAUCCUACCUACAGAGGGAGCCCCAGCACCCCCACCCCCAGCACGCCCAGCCCCAGCCCCAGCUCCAGCCCCAGCCCCAGCAUGCCCAGUCCCAGCUCCAGUCCCAGCGCUUCCAGCACACAUAUGCCCCGAGUCGCUUCCAGCCGACAUACCCCUACCUGCCCCAGAGUCUCAUCGAUCUUCCCCCCACCAUCUGCCUCUCGGACGGAGAGGAGCCCCCUCCGUACCAGGGCCUCUGCACCCUGCAGCUUCGGGACCCGGAGCAACAGAUGGAGCUGAACCGCGAGUCGGUCAGAGCACCGCCCAACCGAACAGUGUUUGAUUCCCACUCCCUCAACCCAUCCAGCUCCUGUCUGCAGGCCAGUCUGCAGGCCCCUCCUCCGAGUGUCCAUUCAGGCGUCAGCGUGCUAGAAGCCCAGGAGGCCUUGUCCCGGCAUCAGAAGCAGGGCUCUCGAGUAGAAGGAGCUCCCCCGACCUACAGCGAGGUGAUCGGGCACUACUACCACCCGACAUCCCUGACCCCCAGCCACAACCAUCGGACUGUAUUGUCCUCGCUAGCACCCCCGUCCUCAUUCAUACACGGCCUGCUCCGACCUCCGCCUCAGCAGCAGGGAAGUGUGGACAACAGGAAUGCAAAGAACACGAAGGAGAAAUCCCAGAAGGCCCAGCAGGUGUGACAGUACAGCCUCCUUAUUCCUAGCCUGCAGGGGGGAAAAACCAGGAUUUUUAUGUCUGCUCACCACUUGCCAAGUGGUCAGAGCCAAUGAGGAACGACCUGGUGACUGGUAGAAAUCCACUCUGAAUGGUUUAAGGGCUGAUUCUCAUUAGUUGUAGUUGUAGCUGACAUGUUAUCAGUUUCACAGUUUCCCCCACUUCACGGAUCGGGCUAGGACUGAAGAAGCAGCAUUUUGUGUCCGAGGAGCACUUCAGAUGAGCCGAUGAUGUCAGAGAUGGAGGGGAGAAGGUGCGAAGGGAAAGGUGGAUACAGAAGCCUCCUUCUUCCCCUAAACAACUCCACAUCAUCCCUCCUCCAUUAGACUGAUCUAAACUAGUCUUCAUUCAUUAUACAUAUUUACUCGUUCUGUUUGUUUUUAGAGAACUUUUGAACGUUUGUUGGUCUGUUCGUCUUUUUUCGCGCUUACAAAAAGCCGUUCUAUCAAAGGCAAAAUGGCGAAAUGUUGCAAUCUUGUUGUUUUCUUCCAGGUUUCGUUUUCUAUUGAUAAUCCUUGCUGCUUUGACGUCAUUCAGUUGGGUUUCAAGUCCACGACUGCACAGUAACCAACGUUGGCAGUGACUCCUGCAUCAGGCGUUAGCUGGAUCGCUGGGACACGUCCGCACAUUAGGCUACUUCCAGAAAGACAUUAGAUUUAGUUAGCGCUAUCUUAAACUAGCUUAGCAGUCGUAGCACAGUGCUCGAGCUAAACGUUCUGCCUUAUAUAUCGACCAACCGAUGCAGGAGUUGUCGCUAAAAUCCUUUUUUAGUUUUAGUUUUCUAAAGAAGGUUUGCACAAAGUUCAAGACUCUUCACCACAGAAACAGAGAUAUGAUUGAUGAGAGAGAAAUCGGAGAAAGUAGGGGUAUUUUUCUAAACUUGAUAGAUUCUUAUGAGUAAAGAUGUUUUUUUUUUGUGUUUUUAUAUGUUGUCUAGUUUGUAGAAAAAGAAACAUCAUUAAUCUGUUGGGGUGCCAACUUUCACGUUGAACAUUUUGCUACAUACAUGUUGGCAUGUAUUACAUUUUGAGUAUAUAUACACACAUCGAGAGCGAAAUUAAAAGCACGAAUUUAGAGUUAUUUAUAUAAUUGCUGAAAAGAAUUGCACUAUUUUUUUAGUAUGCGCAGAUGGAGCGUGUGAGAGAGACCUUUAUUGUGAAGGAGCUCUGUCUAUUGAGGCAUAAACAGAACGAGAGACCUGAACCCACAGGGGCUUACCAGAGGGUCGGACCCAGCUCAGUGCACAGCAGCCGGUAUCACCAGAACAUAUCACGGGCAGAUUCUGACUUGGGUUCAACAGACUCGGAUCUACCAUUACUGUGCCAUUGAUGUAAAAAAAAAACGAAUCCCUCACUUAUGCAAAUGUCC